CAACCGUUUUGCUUUCGCAUACAGAAAAUGCAGCGACAGGGGGGUUUGCUCAGUCCAGUUCUUAUAUACAAACUAUGGUUCUGGUCUGGCAAAUGUGACUUGAGUGCGCAGGCGCACAUUAUCUCAAGUCGUCUGUUGACAUGCCUGUCUAAUUUGCUUCGUCAGCUGAACUAAAAUGUAAUUUUGCAGGAUUUUCCAAAAAACGUGGGGGUCCCGGUGGAUUCCUCGUGAUCUGACGAACAGGUAGGACCACAACCAUGCUGAAAUGGUUUUCUGGAGAGGAGGGAGAGCCUGGCUCUGGAGGUCCAGGCUCUCCCCGCAAUGCUGCUGGGCUGGGCGAGGUUGCCAUGGAGGAGGUGGCGGAGAGGCUGGCUCAAACGGAGCGGCUGGUCACUCAGCUGAAGGAGAUGAUACGGGAAAAGGACGCAGCUCUCCAGUCCAAGGAUGAGGAGCUAAAGGUGGAGAAAGAGGCGAGUGAGGCCAAGUUGUCAAAGCUCCGCCUCCAAAGCAAAGCCAAAGUGACAUCCUUAACGGCACAGCUGGAGGAGCUGAAGAAACAUGCAGACCCUGCCUCUCUGACUCACAGUAAGAAGGCGUCAUCAGAGGGAGCAGAACAUGCAAGUCGGGGAAAGAUAGUGUUACUAAAGAAAAAGGUUGAAGAACUAGAACAGCAGCUCACCCUCAGAGACCAGGAACUGGAGAACAAGAAAAAGGAGUUGGAGGCGCUUCUUCAGCGGGGGGAGGAAAUGGACGUCAUGCUGAUGGAGAAAGAGAAGAGGCUGGAAGAGAAAGAAGCUUACAUUGUCCAUCUGCAGACGGGGUUGUCUGGAGAAAAGCCCAGCACGCCAGUGCCAGAACAUGGGGUGGUGGAAGAAGACAACAGAGGGCCGAUGGAGGAGCUGCAGCUGCUUGUGCAGAGUCUGACCAGGAAGGUGGGGGAAGCUGAGGAGCGCUACAGCUUGCUGCAGGAGCAGACAGACAGGCUCAGAGAGCUGCUGACCUCCAACCAGGAGCAGUACAGCCAGAAAGAGAGCAUGUACCAGCAGAACAUCCAGACGUUCAACGACAUAAUCAUUCAGAAGGAUAACCAGCUAAUGGAGAUCUACCAGAUGCACGAGCAAGAGCUCUUCAAGCUGGCAGCAAAGUCAGAUGCCAGUGCAGACUUGGAGCAGGUACCGACUGCAUCUUUUUGACUUUGUCCUACAGUCAUUCAGA